UGGCUCAGAAGGCAGGACAGGCAACCACCCGCUCUUGCCAAUUAUUACAAGCUUCUGCGAAUCGAAGCACUUCGUAUUCAGGGCCGCCGCGCCCAUGCGGUGGCCCCUCCUGGCCGCCGCCUGCGCCCUGGCGGCGAUCCCGACGCUGACCGCCGGGCUCCAGCAGGUGCAAGAGCGCGCCCCGAAGAGGAAGGCGCUGGAGAAGAAGUCCCGCAACGCCCCAAAGAGAAAGGCGCUGGAGAAGAAGGGGCUGCGUCACAGGGAGAAGAAUGUGCGCCACAGGCAUAAGAAGGCGCUCCACAAGGCCCCUGCCGUGGCAUCGCACGGGGCGGCCGGGUUGGUCGACCAGGAAGGCGU